AUGAUGCAGAUGUUAGAGAUUUGGAGCGUUGAUGACUCCAAGCUACAAGUACUAUUGUUGUUAACAUCGACUAUAUUGGUAGUUGUGGUAUUGGUGUUGCUACUGUAUAUGUACGUUAGACCAAGGUUGCUGGCAUUGUUCGACCCCUUCCGCCUGCUAGACACCAAGUGUCACUUCUGCCACGCCUACAACAAAGUACCAUUAAAUCAGCGCAACAACUGGACAUGCAUCACAUGUGAUCAAUACAAUGGGUUCAACAGCGAUGGUGACUAUAACAUCGACUUCUCGGCCAUGGUUCAUAAUCAACAGUUGCAACAACAACAACAAGGUAUUGGUCCAAUACCUCGCACAACCUCCUCUUCAACAUCAUCAUCAUCAUCAUCACAAACAUUAUGCGCCAAGUGUCAAUAUCAACUUCAAACAAAGACAAUGGAUCUGCAACAGUUCGAAGCAGAGACAGAGGAUUGGUCAAAGUAUGAGAGGUAUAGACGUGAGCGAGAGAGUCAGUUCAAGUUGUGUGCUCAAUGUGAGGCAUACACUUCAAGUGAGAUCAGUAGAGUCAAUCGAUAUGUAAUAUCGACACAAUAUAACAAUCAGUUCAACUCGCCCAAGUCCUCGCCCUAUGUCUCCUCGCCACUUGUCGGCAUGGGGGCGUCUACAACUACCACACACGCCGCCACGUCAAAGUCAUCCGCCACAAGUGGACUUGGACAUGGACAACGAGACAACCUAGUUCAAGUUAGACAAUUCAUCAAUCACAUCAUAUACCUACUACUCAUCGUAUUGAUGAUACAUUAUCUACUCAAGAUCGACUCAUCUAUACGUGGACAAGAUAAUAGUAUUAUAAUGAUAUCGGAUACGAUUGAACUUGCAGUGUUGGCAAGCUUUUGUAUGCUAAAGAGUGUCAAUAUUGUUGUUCAUUAUCGGAUACAGUCUACGCGUAGAUUCAGUCACUUUAGGACGCCACGAGGCGAAGUUACAUUUGAAUCGAUCGCAUUCCUUCUAUCAAUGUUAAUCAAACUAUUGAUGAGAUAUACAAGUCAACUAGAUAUCUCAACAAUACCAAUACAAGAGUGGAUAAUGGUUCAUGAACUAUCGCGAAUCACAAUUCAAUCGAUAAUCAGUCUCUGGAAACACUUCUCACAAGACAACACAUUCUACUUUAUGUUCCUAAUACUUGUAUUCUACAUGCACCGUACCGAUGUAAACAAGAGUAUGAACAAUACAAUAGUAAUGGUAGAUAGAACACAACAUCAGCAACACAAUCAACAGAAUCAACAGAAUCAACAACAACAACAUGUUUCACCAAACACAAAGAAGAAGAGGUCACCAUUCGAUCUCGACCUUCCACUCACUGGAGACCAACAAGAUGGUCGCUCCACAACUCAUAUUGACAAGAAUGGUCUUCACAAGCUACUUGACAAUCUCAAAGAUGAAUCCAACAUUAUGGCCAACAUCUCAACACUUGAGUUGAGUGAUAUAGAUGAUAGUAAUGGAGGUAGAGAUAGAGGAGUAUCAAGAUUUAGUAUUAUCAUUGGUCAGCUGAUAUCAUUGCUUGGAAGAUUGAUACAAUGGAUGGUUCAGAUAUCAUUCAAGUACAAACAGUUCAUAAUGGGCAUUAUACUUUGUGUAAUCAUUCAAUUGAUAAUCAUUGUUUGCAACAACAAAGCAUCAUGA